AGGCUGUAGGAGAGUGGGUUAGAAGAGAGAGGGAAGGUGCUGGGUGCAACAUUGUUGCAAUUUAGGGUAGGCCCCUCCUUACCAGUAGAUAAGCCAAGUUCUCCCUUGCAACUUCCUCUUCUUCUCCGGAUCCUGGCUGAAGCAGUUUUUUCUUAGCAGUUCUGUCAUCACCAGUGCAGCUAUGCAUCGUUCCAGGCGUUCUACUCUGCCUCCCAGACGUUACCAGUCGGAACAGGAACCUCCUGCACCUGCAAAAGAAAAAAUAAAGAUAAGUUUUCAAUCUAUUUCUGAGGAUGAUUUAGAUAUCAUUCCCCCAACUCAAUAUACUACUGUUGUGUCAGCCCAGGUUCAUAAUGUGGAAGAGCAGGGACCUAUUGAUAUUGAGUUAGCUCAGGAAUCCCCCAGACCUCAAGCAUUGCAGACCCAGCAGGCUAAUUUACCUCUUGAUAGUGUACAGGCCUCAUUUUUAAGUGCUGUACCCCCUGCUGCUAUGUCAGCAGUUUCUGACCUAUUGAAAAACAUAAUAUCCGCUAUGGCUGCAGCCUCCCCAGGGCCCAGUGUCACACCAGCUGUUUUCCCUCCUGAUCCUUCUAGUCAGGAUCCGGAUCCUGCUUUAACUACCCCCAGCAGGCAUCGCCCUUUCACACCUCUCAUUGAGGCACCACACGUGGCAACACGCGGUCCCCAGCCCGGCCGGAACAUGGCCCCUCAGCCCUCAACACCCGGACUUGCCCCUGGUCGCACCAUACCCGAGGCCCAUGCCAUCUCAGGGCCUAUGCUGCUCCCCCCGGGGCCUAGCGAUCUCCUUCGCCAGCCGCGUGGUCCGGGUCCGACUUCCGGUGUCAACGCCAUGUUAGUGACGUCACCGGAAGCGGACAUCGGCACUUCCGGCUUGGCAGAUUCCCGCGCGGUCACAAGGACAUCGGCUCCCGGGGCAACGCCACUUGCAGGUGAGCACCGAGAGCCGUCCUUGGCCGUUGGCGGGUUAUCAGUGGGGGGUCGGAGGGGCAUUAGCAGCGCAAGCAAACUGCGCAAGCGAACGGCACAUUUGAAUGUUAAUCCUCAGGGGCAUCAAAGGGGUCGCUCCAUCAUAAGAGGUAGUACCAGGCAGAUAGCCAGUGAUAGGGGUAGGGGGACACGCAGAGUUAACCCUUCCAGGGCAAUGAGGCCAUUACAGUUUAUACAAAUGGGAGAUAACGCAAAUGCCGUUCAGCAGGCCGCUCCCGAUAUUAUUAACCCACACAGGGCUGAUAGUGGUUUAGUGCAAGCGGCCGCUCAGCCGCAUGAUAUUGUGUCUAAUAAUAGCCUGCAUGUGAAUCAAGGCAAUGUUCAAAGUAUGCAUGUUAAUCAAAACAUUGAGCAUCAUUUACCAUCUCAUCAUUUACCAUCCCCCAUUGGUGUGAAUGCGGCUUUGAAUGGUGUGAACGUACAAGCAGCUCCUCAGGGAUAUAAUACACCCCUGGUUGGCAUACAUAAUGCGAAUGUGCAAUCUUUAAGCCAGCUACAACAUCCCAUUACUUUAGGCAUACAAGGAGUGCAACCCCUUGAUCAGGGUAUCCACUCCCCCAUGGCAGCCACGCAGGGCGCUCAUGCACACUCAUUAAACCAUGCACAAUCAAUAAGCCAGGCAUGCCAUAACCCUAUUGUAGACCAGCAGGGUGUGAAUGCUCAGACAUCUGCGAAUGGACAGUCAGUGAGUCAGGGAUUUCAUACACCACUUCAUAUAGCUCAUCCACCCCUUGCUACUGAUAAUCCAGACACAUCCAUUGGGCAAAGUGCUCGCCAAAUUCUUUCUCUUUUGCAGGGGGCAAUUGGAUCACAAAGUGCAGCAAAAACACGGACCAACACUGCCACAGUCAUGAGUGGGGCGGAUGCAGGAGUACCAGGCAGCAUUACAGCAGGAGCAGCAGCCACCACUUCCACUGCACAGCAAGGGUCUUCAGGACUCGCCCUCCAAAACCAGCCAGCAGGCCAGCCCGUUUCCAGCAUGGGUCAGGGACCUCCUGCCAUUAGUCACGCUCGUCCUUCCUGGAUAGCCUUACUGCCGUUGGUCCGCUCCUCCUUAGCACCAUCCACUUGGCACGCCUAUGCCCGCAUGUGGUCUGAAUGGGACAAUUUCUGUGCGUCCAGGGGAGCCGACGCUGCUCAGGGGUCUAGGGACAACUUACAUGAUUGGCUGGUGAGUUUGCAUGCCUCUGGGGCCCGUCAGGGGGCAAUACAAUCCAAAUUGGCCGCCCUCUCAUUUUUCUAUAGGGCAUUAGCCAUUCCUGACCCAACCAAUUCCUUUUUUAUUAGGCAGGUGAUCAAGGGUUGGGGCAGAUCGCAGCAGCGGAAAAUAGACACGCGCGAACCCAUCACCCGCGACCGCCUGGAGCGUUUGCUCUUGGCGCUCGACGUGGUCUGUAGAUCAGAUUUUGAAGCCCUACUCUUCAAAACUGCGUUUAAUCUGGCCUUUGCCGCCGCUCUUAGAGUUAGUGAGGUAGUAGCACCCUCCAAGCAGGCGUCUGGGGCAGGUAUACAAUUGCAACAUGUGAGAGCUGCCCCUGAUUCCUUACUUCUUUUUCUGCCGCGAUCAAAGACAGAUCAGGAAGGUAAGGGAACCUGGAUCCCCGUUCACCCUCAGGUGAACAGCGCAUGCUGCCCGGUUAACUGCGUUAAUCUUUACCUGGCUCAAAGGCCGCCUGGCCCGGGGCAAUUCCUGGUCCAUGCGGACGGCAGAUCCCUUUCCAAAUUUCAGUUCGGUAGGGUCCUAAAAUUGGCGGCAGUCCAGGCGGGGCUGGACGCUAGCAGACUGGCCCCGCACUCUUUUCGCAUAGGGGCCGCGACUAACGCUGCGCAAGCGGGCUCCUCGUGCGAGGACAUAAAACGUAUUGGGCGUUGGCGGUCCAAUUGUUUCAGAACCUAUGUCCGUCCAAUUGUUUAAUGUUUAGAUGUUAAUUCAGGAUACUAAAAUGUUUGUCUCCACAGGCACUACCCCCGGGGUGAAGCGAAUCUGGAUUGUGGGCCACUCCUUUGUCCACUGGGCCUCCCUACGCUGUGCGUCCCUCCCAUUUGGCCAAUCCCUAGGUCUCCCUUCCAACAAGGCAUCCGUUAGGUG